CAGUGGUCUGCUUUCAGUGCACAUAUAGCAGCUUCACUCCCCACAACAAACACAACAGAGAGGAAAAUGUUUAACUGUACAGAGUGGAAAGACCUGCUGCGGAUCUACUACCUGUCGCCUGCCUAUGCUGUAGAGUUUGCCCUGGGUUUCCCUGGCAACCUCCUGGUGGUCCUGGGCUAUGUGUUCUGCCUGCAGAAGUGGAGGAGCACCAAUAUCUACCUGUUCAACCUGACGGUCUCUGACCUAGUCUUCCUGUGUACGCUUCCACAUCUUUCCUACCUGUAUGCCAACAACCUAAAGAACAUCGCUAGCUGUAUAAUCAACCGUUACAUCCUGCACACCAACCUCUACUCCUCCAUCCUCUUCAUGGUGUGGGUCAGCAUGGACCGCUUCCUGCUCAUACGAUACCCAUCACGUCAGCACUUUCUGCUGACAAAUCGUGCGGCUGUCUGCUUGUCCAUCCUUACCUGGGUGUCAGUAAAUGCCCAGGUUGCCCCCCUCAUUUCUUACAUGGUCCAGGACCUGAACAAAUAUAACAUCUGCCGUGACUUUGGGAGCCUAGGGGAUGUGGAUUACACCCUUGGAUAUAGUCUGGCGCUGACAGUGACUGGCUACCUGCUUCCCCUGCUGGGACUCUGUUUCUUCUCCUACGACAUCUACAAGCUCCUCCAUGCCCAGGAGGGUGUGAUACAGGGCAGGAAGUCAACGUUCCGCCGGCCCCUAAGAGUGGUCUCUGCUGCAACAGCCUUGUUUUUUAUACUGUACCUACCGUAUCAUGUUAUGCGGAAUGUGAGGAUAAUGUCGCAGCUUUCCCUGGCAGGGCUGUCUCUGGACCAGCAAAAAUGUAUAGAGGGUGCUUACAUGUUAACCAGGCCUGUGGCAUUUGCCCACAGCGUUAUCAACCCUGUGUUCUACUUCCUCAUAGGAGACCAGUUUAGAGAGCUGCUGUUGGCCAAGAUCAGAGGGCUAGGGAGAGUAAUACAAACAAACAGAGUGUCACGGACUUCAGAUCUUGUUAGAAACCCAGACUUAGGCAUGCAUAGUUGCACACAAACUCACAUUCAAACCCAAACACAAAUGUAAUUAGAAACAGAGGCUGCCACAGAAAUAGGAAGAUCAAAGAAAUUAAGAUAUGAGUCAAUUCACUGGACUUUUAGUAAAAAAAAAGCUAAAAACAUAGACAUCAAACAUAAAAUAAGUGGAAUUAACUUUUCUUAGACAUGCCAUGGUGUCGUUUAUCAUUGUAAACUUGACAUUCCAGAUUUAUUGCAUGCUAAAUAAAAGAUUUUACUCCAUUUAUUGACAUCCCCUGCAUUUUGGUCAAUUAUGUUACUCUUAUACAUCCACCCAUGUCAAAUGUUAUGGUAUAUUCCAAAAAAUCUAAUGACGACCUGGAGGUGACAUCAUUUGGGUCU